CGUUAUAUAACUCCACACUGACAGGAGGCUCAUUAUCUUUCCUGGGCUCCUUAACAGAAGUGUUUUUCUCCUUUUCUCUGGCCUGUGUAUUACAGCUUACUAAAAUGAGUCUGAGGAUCAUUGUGGUUCUGGCUGUGUUAUGUGGGGUGACUGGGAGCCCCAGUGUGACAGUCAGACCUGAAGCUGACUACGCGAUCACGACGGUUCAUCCCAACAGCGUCCCAGAGACAGUGGAGGAAACAGAGCUGUUUGAACAGCUGGACAUAUUGGUGGAAGAGGAGGCAGAAGAGGAUGUGAUGGCGACAGGAGAGCUGAACCCCAAUCAUUACCAGGCGCAGAGAGCAGCCAAAGUGGUCCAACACUACCUCAACACCCGCUAUGGCUCCCCAUACCGGCUGCUGGGACUGCACAAGGUCCACAGUGGAAAUGCAGAGGAUGUUGCAGACUCUGGAAGAAAGUAUCAGCUGGAGAUCUCAGUGCAGGAGACAUUAAGCAAUACGACAGAGAAAUGCUCUGCAGAGGUUUUGUUUCCGAGGGGGGAGCAGCAGAGCUCUCCUCAGGUCCAGGCCUUGUGUGAGGCGCACCUUAAAAUCAACACCACAGCUCAAGAAGAGGCCUUGUACCAACGGUACAAGAUGAACCAAAGCCUUUUAUCUGCACAGUAUAUACCUGACAGCUAUGGUCACAUUGAUCCUGACAUGAAGCCUUUCUGGCAUCUCUGCAUUGUGGCAUCCAGCUUCAUCAUGCUGAAUGAAUCCAGUGAAAACACUCUGUACAACAUGGCUCAGGUGGCCAACAUCACACAGCUAGCAACUGAGAACGACCAGCUGAAGUUUGACUGUCACAUACUGUUGCAUGACAUGGUGUCCCAGGAAAUCAUUCACUGGAAGCUGCUGUUCACAUGGUCUCCUCAAGAGGGCGUUAAAGUGCUGCAGAUGGAGCAGCUGCCCCACUGCCAUGAUUGUGAAAAACCUCCAAACAUAAAUUGAACUGCUGACAUUCAUCACACUGCUACCACAACAAAAAACAACAUCCUGAUCCUUCUCUCUUGUACUCAAAUAUUGGAGAUUAAACGCUGCAAAUAAAAAGCUAUCACAUAUAAAUGA